CUUCUGCUUUCUCUCCAAUGCCUCGUGCCUUGCGCAGCAGUAAGUCGGUCGUCAAAUCAAUAAAUUGUAAAUUAAUUUAGAUGGCACGCCUGUUGUCCAUCCUCUUGCUGCACACACAGAAGAAGAGAAAAUGGAAUGGUCUCCCAGCGAAAUGAUACAACAGGCAAAGGAGGAGCUGGAGCUUCUGGAAACCCACCACCCUAAUCGUUUCCAGUACCUCAAACUUGACCUCAAAGCUUUCAUUCUCCUCCUCCAAUCUCAACAGCCCUCUUCCUCCACUGUUACUGUUGCAACCCAAGGUCAUCUCACAAUCAUCCGCUGCAUAUAUAAUUAUGAACCCCAUUAUGUAUUUAUUUCAAGUUAAAAUGGCAUGAUCUUGAUGCAUAUAUAAAGUAUUUCAUUUUUGUGGUUUCAACAGCGUCGAGUACAGGUAGGAAGAGGAAGAGGGGAGAAGGAAAGUUUGGAAGAGGGGAGGAAGGAGAUAGAAGAGUUGAUUUGGUUCUGGAGAGGGCUGAAUCAUGUCUUCAGAAAAUUCGAAAGCUUAAAUCUACCUUAUGUUAAUGUUAAUGCCACUACUUCCUAUACAUAUCUUCUUCAGCAUUUUUACUGGUUUUUUAGGUCAUGGUUUUGUACCCCAGAAAUGAAUCAAAUGAUUUGGUUUAUUUCUAUACAUAUACCUUCUCCCUAUGUAUUUAUUUCAGAAGCUUAAAUCCACCUUUUGUUAAUAACAUCAAAUCAGCAUG